CUAAUUUCUGUCUGGUAUCUCGAUGCUCGGAUGAAUCCCAAGUUCCAAGUCCUUGGCCAGAGGACGGAAGAGGGCAGAGGAGACGGAGGAGGAACUCCUGACACCGCGUCGCCCGCGAGCGCCGCUCCCACCGUCUUCGGUCGAUCGAUCUAUCUACUCCUCGGUCUUGGGUCCUCGUGGAAUGCUCCAUCGCCGCAGCCGCCGCGGCCGCAGCAUCGCGCGAUGAGAGGGGCGGCUAAGAAGGCGGCGUCGGAGGAGCUGGAGCGGCGCAGUCAGUACCUGAGCUCGCUCGUCCAGCGGACGAAGAUCAUGGGCGACAACGCCGCCGCUGCCGCCGAUCACGACAAGAAGGAGGUGGUGGAGGCGACGGCGGCCAAGCCGGAGAGAAGGGAGCAGCUCCGCCAGUGGUCCCAGCAGCGGAUGCAGGAGAAGGAGGUGGUGGAGGAGAGCCGGGAGAAGAAGAAAGGCGUCGGAGAUGGAGAUCGCUGUGUUGGCGACGUUCGCGAUCCGCCCCAGGGACAGCAGCAGCAGCAGCAGAAAGAGGAGGAGAUGAACGUGAAGGUCAGGGCUGCCGACAUGUCGCUUGCGUUGCAGAAGCAUGCGUUCCGGUGCGCCCGCGAGACGCUGACGUCCAUGCCUAAGCUCGAGAGCAAGCGGCUCGCCCUCGCCCUCAAAAAGGAAUUCGACUCAACAUAUGGUCCAGCUUGGCACUGUAUAGUUGGAACAAGCUUUGGGUCCUACGUCACGCAUUCCCUGGGAGGUUUCUUGUACUUCUCCAUCGAUAAGGUCUACAUUCUCCUUUUCAGGACAGCUGUCGAGCCAGUAGAUCGUUGAAGAUUAUAUUUCAAUCAAUUAUUUAGUAGUUCUUAGUGAGUAUAGAUGCUUGAGACGUUGUAGCAGCAGACAUGCAGAAAAUGAUCCUGUAAAAUUGUAAUGCAUAUGAAGACAUGUAAGCAUUGCCUGUUUCCCCUUUUGUGUCUAUUUAAAUCACUACUGUUGAUGUUUUUCUUGAGAUUCAACACUUGCUAAAGGCAUCUCCCAUAUCAGGUUAAUGCAGGUUCAGAUUUCUGUUCUCA